CGCUCUUAUUUUUGGAACUCCAAGCGUACACAAACCAAACUCCUGGACAAGGACGCCACUCUCACGCUUGAUACCGCUCUGCACAUCGCCCGGACCGAAGAGGCAACAAAUAAUCAAAUUAAGGAAAUUUCACCUGGUACCUCAACUCACGUUGACGUGUUAAAUUGCGGUCCUCCCAUCAGGCCCCGCGGCCCCAUUAUUCGUUUGUGUGGAUGUUGUGGCACCGAGCACGACAUUUCUGAGCGAUCCGUUUGCCCUGCCUAUGGCUCAAAAUGUGGUGUUUGUGGAAAAGAGAACCACUGGAGGAAAGUCUGUCGUUCAUCAAAGUCUGACAAAAAAGGGAAGACUAAGCAUGUUCGUCCAAAGCCUCCUAAAUCUCCAAAAGGGAAAUCUGAUAGGAAGAAGCAUUCCCAUAGCCUUGAAGCCCGUGAUUACAGGGAAGACAGCCCCCAAACAUCAGUUCCGGAGCAGCUAUACUUCCAUACCUUGUCAGUUAAUCAGGUCACCAAGAAUGACACUCAAGCCCUCCUAAAGCCCCCCAACAUCUGUUCCGGAUCAGCUAUACUUCCAUACCUUGUCAGUUAAUCAGGUCACCAAGAAUGACACGCAAGCCCACCUAAAGGUGGACGUGGUCUCGGAUUACUCUAAGAAACCGCUCUUGUGUAAGGUUGAUACUGGCGCUGAGGGAAACGUUAUCUCUCUGAGUAAGUACAAAUAACUCUUCCCAAAUGCAUCAUGUAACCCUGGUGGCAUUCCCAUUAGCCUCACACCAUCCAGCACCAUCAUCACUACGUUUGGUGGACAUACUGUUGGUCAUCAUGGCACAUGUGUACUUAAACUGAAUUAUGGUGGCUCCUGUAAACCAUGCCCAUUCCAUGUUGUUGAUGCUGAUGGCCCAACCAUACUAGGCCUACCAACAUGUACAUAUUUGAACUUGGUAACCAUGAAUUUCAGUAUCACGAACCAUGAAGGGGCUUCCAGGCCAAGCACCACACACCUAUCUGCGACCCAGAUCCAGCUGCUGAAGAGCAGGUGCUCAAACAGUUUAAGGAUUGCUUUGAAGGUGUUGGUUGCUUUCAGGGCGAAUAUCGCAUUACAGUUGAUCCUGCCGUUCCCCCAGUCGUGCACCCUCCACGAAGAGUUCCAGAGGCCCUCAGGGAGCCCUUGA